UCAAGUGCAUAUACAGUUAAAGCAAUUAUUUCUGGCAGUUGGACAUCUUGUUACAAGACCGUGUCUCCGUUUUGUCAUCUCAGUGUCGGUCGUGCCACCGUUCGUUAUGACAAAACUCUAUUCCUAUGAAGUAACACGUUCACGUCUUCAGAAAUGAGUUUUCUCGAACGUAUUCGUAAUUUCGUGUUUCUCGGUUCGAUUUUGUCCACUGUUUGUGUUACAAUUGGACAACAGUGCUUCGAUGACGGCAACGAGAUCUGCAUCGACGAAAACGACAUAUUAUCGGUGGAUCUUCUGCCUGGAUCAUUCCUGUUCCCGGAUCAGCAGAUAGCGAAAAAUACGUCUACCGUUCUCGAUAACAAAGUGGUCGACGGAUCUAUUAACGAUGCGUUAAACAACAUGGAAUUUCACAGGAAAAGAAUGAACGAAUACUUGUGCCACGGGUACAUGGCUAUGGAAAUCGUGAAGCUGAUGAGCACACCCAGAGUUAAAAGGCGACUGGGCACCUCGGAAAAUAAUGAACUGCGUGACUUGGUGGAUGUCGAUAAUGUUACUGUUCACGACAAACUGUUGGCGGACGAGGGAAGCUUGAAAUAUAAAAAUUGGCUGCAACGGAGGACUACACUGGACGACGUGUACCGACACUAUAUUCCUCGUAAGAAAAUGGGUAAAGUUCAUGGUUCUAGGGAUGAUAAUAUCGAAGAUUUCGAUGGUGAAGUUACGGGAUACGCGAUGCAAGCGCCAUUACCAUCUGGCAAAGUAGGUUUCUACGAGGGAAACGACGGAGACGAUGAUCACAUGAUCUCGUCUUCUUCCGGUCAUAAUAUUUACUACGGCCAUUCUUACGGCCACGGGGGUGAUCCAUACUCUCAUCACAGCGAAGUUUUCCCGGCUAUACACGAAGAACACUAUUACCCACCGAUACAGUAUAACGAGCAUCACGAACACGAAGAAGAGUAUCAUAAACCGUAUUAUUAUAAAGGAAAAGGGAGCGAACUUUCGAUACAAGAUUUCUUCGAAAUUGCUCUUACGGCGCUGGCGUUUCUAGCGUUCGGACUGUUUGUCAUACAACUGUUAAUGAACAUGACGAACACUAUGACUACGACUAUGGCUACUGUAGUGACCACUGCUAGACGUUCCAAGAGAAAUAUUGCUGGCUUGCCUUUCUUUUAUAACAGCAACGAAGAAUUGAACGAGUUAGCUUAUAAUGUUCUGAGAUCUAUCGAGGGUGCUCUUGUGGCUGAUCUGGAUUCCGGUAAUUGUCUUCGCAGGAUCCUUUGCGAAGGAAACAAGCAUUCCACGCAGACCGCUGAUGCACGAAAAAUUUGGGCUCCCGUUUGGAGUUUAGGAAUGAGCUGGCUAUCAGGGAGAGUAACGAAAGGAUCACCAUGGACGUCAAUGAUGGAUUCUCUGAAAGCCUCUAUCCUUGGUCUAGGCAAAGCCGACUGUUCCGUUUUAUAUCCUGAUUGCAAUCUCAAAAAGGAAAGGAUUAAAAGGCUUCGGAAGCGUCGAAGAUAAUUAAGACCAAACCACGAUUUGUUAAAAUUUAUGCAUAAUUUCAGGCAGUCUACAACGUAUUUCUUUAUUUUCUAAACAGUCCCUUAAUUGAAAAAUAUAAUGUACAUCGUCCAUAGCAUUUUAGUUUUACAAUAACGACUACUCUGUACGUAGUGUAAUUCAACCCUUUGCACUCGAGUGGCGACUCCAAGACGACGCUAAAAAUUGCUAUACCGUUUCCGAAAGAAUU